CAUACAAGCAGUGUCGUUCAUUUCCAGCCUUCCAUGGAAAACAAUGUCAGGUUACAUGGAAACGUUACCUUGCUUGGAAACAGGUGAGAGUUGACAACAGUUGUUGGAUUAGGGGCGAACAUGUUACUUCGAUUGUUGCGUUUGAUGAGAACAUGAUACUCCAACACAUCAGAAAUAAUAUGUUUUGCUACAAGACUUUGCAGUGUUUGAAGCAAGGUCUUUCAGGCCCUGGACCCCCAAACGCUGUAUUUAUUCGAUUUAUUUGUCGAGGACUUCACAAAGAAUGUCGAAAACAUGACACGAUAUUCCAGUUACCAUCUAACUUCCUUGUGAAUGCUGGCAGACAGUUAAUGCUUUACCGAUGUCUUUCAUCUGUAUCUAACGAAAAUCCUACUGAUCCCAAGAAGAAAGCAACCGAAUCUGUUCCCGCAACUCCAGCUGCCAAACCUUCAAGACUUUUGAAAGUUACCUCAGCAAAGAAGAAAAAAUCCAUUGAUUACAGUUAUGUGGGGAAUGUUUUCAUCUUACCUGUUAGAGCCAUGAAUGAGUUUCUUCUAUCACCAAAUGACUUAACACAAUUACCAAAGUACACUCGAAGAAGUCCAUAUGGAAGAGAAAUGCCGAUUUUGAUGUUUCUAAGGUCUGAUAUUGAGAAGCUAGCAAUCAAAAAGUGGGGUUCUUUGUCAAAUGUUACUAAAGAAAAACAGAAAACUCCAGGACCACAACCAGAAAAGCUUUGGUCGUCUAGUUCGGGUAAAGUUGUUGUGUCAGCCAUAUUUAUCAAUGCAAUAAAUACAUUAGUGAAGCUAAUAGCUUGGUUGUACACUGGUUCCCAUAGUAUGUUUUCUGAAUGUAUUCACUCACUCGCUGACACCGUCAACCAGGUAAUAUUAGGAAUUGGCUUAUACCACUCUAUUAAAAAACCUGAUGCAGUUCAUCCGUAUGGAUACCGCAAUCUGAAAAAUAUAUCCUCUCUCAUCAGUGGUGUUGGCAUUUUUUGUUUUGGCACUGGUUUAUCUGUAUAUCAUGGAAUUCAGGGGUUACUACAUCCACAAGAAAUGGAAUACCUUGGAUGGGCAAUUGCUGCUCUGCUUGGUACUAUGGUGUCUGAAGGUGCCACUCUUAUUGUUGCCAUUGCUGAAGUGAGAAAGAGUUCAAAGGCAAAGAACAUGAAAUUCUGGGAAUAUGUCACCCGGGGUAAUGAUCCUAACGUCAAUGUUGUUUUGCUGGAAGACUUAGCAGCCGUACUCGGAGUAGGCAUUGCAGCCACUUGUCUGACAAUAUCUCAGGUCACUGGAAGCCCUUUUGCAGACGCCAUUGGUUCACUCUUGGUGGGUGGCAUCUUAGGAAGUGUCGCCAGUUUCAUUAUUUACAGCAAUAUAGAGGUUUUAGUGGGAAAGUCAAUUCCACUGGACAAAAAAUUACUCAUUAGUCAAGAAUUGGAGAAUGAUCGAAUGAUAAGAUCUUUACAUGACGUGAAAGCUACAGAAAUAGGUGGAGAAGUUCGAUUUAAAGCCGAGGUGGACUUUGAUGGUAUGGAGAUCACGCGUGCUUACCUUUUGAAAGUUGAUUUAGAAAAUUUGCUGACUGAAAUGCAAAAUUUGAAAAAAACCGACGAUGCAGAAAAUUUCCUGCUUAUGCAUGGUGAGCGCAUCAUAGAUACGCUUGGUGAGGAAGUUGACAGGAUUGAGAAGAAGCUGAAGACACAUUAUCCUGACCUACGGCAUGUCGAUUUGGAAGCAUUAUGAUGAUGAUAAUGAUGAUGAUAGCAAUUAUAUACACCUGUCUCACUUUCUCUCUCUCUAUCUCUCCUUUUUCUCAGUAAGAUUAUGUUUAGGACUAUGUCUACAACUUUCACCUAAUGUAAUUCAUGCAAACAAU